CGCGGCCGGGCGGGAGCCCCGCGGGCGCCCUUGGGAGAGGGCGGCCAUGAGCGGGAACGGCGUGAACCGGGCCCUGGAGCUGCUGCGCUCGCUGCCCAGGGUCAGCCUGGCCAACUUAAGGCCCAACCCCGGCUCCAAAAAGCGGGAAAGAAGACGUGGCCGUGGAAGAUACGGAGGUAAGAAGUGUGGCCGAGGUCACAAAGGAGAAAGACAAAGAGGGAAUCGACCCCGAUUAGGCUUUGAGGGUGGUCAAACUCCAUUUUACUUGGCCAUACCAAAAUACGGCUUUAAUGAGGGACAUAGCCUCAGACGUCAGUACCAACCUCUGAGUCUUCAGAGGCUGCAGUACCUGAUUGAUUUGGGCAGAGUUGACCCCUCACAGCCGAUUGACUUAACUCAGCUCAUUAAUGCCAGGGGUGUGACAGUGCAGCCCCUCAAGAGGGAUUACGGUGUCCAGCUGGUGGAGGAGGGUGCUGAUAUUUUUGCAGCAAAAGUAAAUAUUGAAGUGCAGAGGGCAUCUGAAUUAGCAAUUGCAGCCAUAGAAAAAAAUGGAGGUGUAGUAACAACAUCAUUCUAUGACCCAAGGAGCUUGGAAAUUUUAUGCAAGCCAGUAGUAUUUUUCCUGCGUGGCAAACCUAUCCCGAAACGAAUGCUCCCACCUGAAGACCUCGUCCGUUACUACACAGAUCCCAGGAAUCGGGGCUACCUGGCAGAUCCAUCUAAGGUCGCAGAAGCCAGACUGGAACUUGCCAAGAAAUAUGGCUAUGUCUUACCAGACAUAACUAAGGAUGAACUCUUCAAGAUGUUAAGUGCACGCAAGGAUCCUAGACAGAUAUUUUUUGGUCUUGCUCCAGGAUGGAUCGUAAACCUGGCAGACAAGAAAAUUCUAAAACCAACUGAUGAGAAUCUGUUGAAAUACUACAGCUCAUGAGUUCAGGACUGGACACAAUUGCAGGUGUACAGGAAACAUCUGGGUAUGAAAUAAUGGGUAGAAGUGGUGUGUGUUUGUUUUUAAGACUCCUGUUAUACUAGAAAAAACUUCUUCAUGUUAUCUUCUGGUGUUGCUCUCAACUUUUUUAUUGUCAUAAUAGAGUGUAUCAGAAGCCUUAACAUUUGCAAACAAUGUGGAGUCGUGACAUAAAGUAUGGGUCUGGGCACUUUCUCUUCCAGUGGUUUGCCAGUUAUUUUUUCAGACAAAAGGUUUCGGUGUUGCAUUUGUUUCAGAGGAUAAUUCCAAAGAGUCAUUUGACCUAAUAAUUAGUUUAUAUUUCCCCCUCUCAAUUUAAAAUUGGAAACAUAACAAGUUCUAGAAGAUGUGUCUUGAAUAGCUCUAAGAGGUAUUUGUGGUUGGGGAAAAACAAAAAGAACCAGAAAUAAAAAAAGUACUAAAGAUUGCAUUCACCUCUUCAGUUCCAUAGCUGUGAUUUGGAUUUUGCCAUCAAUAGCACUAGAGCUUGAGAGAUCUUGAUUUUUCUUUUAUUUCUUCAUGUGCAAUUGAGGAAGACAAGAGUGUGCAGCUUAAAAUAACUUUCUAUCUAAAUUUGGGGCUGGGGGAAGAUAGAUGUCUAAAUUAAUGGCUUUUAUUAUUUGAACAGAAUUUAAAAUUUGUCCUGACACAAAUGCAGUCUUAUUAACAAAAAUGCAUAGCAGGACCCAGAGUCAAUAGAUGACAGCGGUAGCAGAUUAUGAAGGAUGGGGAUGUGAUGUACACAGUUAAAAUUCAGUUUUCAACUUGAUCACAGAUUGCAUGUGUGAAAGGGACAAAUUAAUUUAAAUGUUGUGAAAAUUUAUGAACAAAUUGUGUUUAUGAGAAAACAGCAUUUUAAUCACACCAAUUUGAUUAAGUCUUGAAAAAUAUUUUUCAACAAAGGUUUGUUUUAUCAGUCUCUCCAGAAUACUUUUUUAUUACUGUGCAAGAGUAUUCUAGGUUUUAUGUAGAAGCUUAGAAUUGGGCAUUUGAGACACUGAACCAGACAGUGAGGAAGGAUGAGAGGGGAGACCAAGAUAAUGUAUCAGAAUGUGCUCUGACUGCUCAGAAGUUAAUGGGCUGCUUCAUAAUUAUGUAGUUUAAUGGAAGCUGAAUUUGGCUUUAAAGCAGUCCUAAUUUGAUUAUAAGAACACAGGAAACAAUCCAGGAGACCAGAAGAUGAGAAGUCAUCUUGCUUUCCAAUUUUCAUGUGCCUUUGGAAAUACUACUUAGAGUUUCCUGUAGCUGCCAAACCAUCCCAUCUCAUAGAGAAAGUCGUUUGUGUGCAACUAUCUCUUUCUCCUGUAUGACAUCUGUAUUUUGCUGGGAUACCUCAAUGUGGGGGAAGAUUU